AUGGAAUCAAACCUUACAAGUAUGUGGGUGAACUUCUUCACAGCUGCAGGUAUUCCAUCAGAUGUGGCGGCGACCUAUGCCCUGACAUUCACAGAGAAUCGUAUUCAGAGUGAUAUGUUGCUAGAUCUCAAUAAGGAAUACCUCAGGGACAUGGGUAUCACAAGAAUGGGUGAUGUUAUUGCUAUUUUGAGGCAUGCCAAACAAGUUCAUGAGAGCACAGCUCGUGACAAAGUGCUAAGUACGGCUACGGCAACAUUGACCACCAAAGUGCCUGUUGCAGCUGUCACGGGAAGGGCAACUAUCACUCAACCAUCUUCACCAGCCAGUCGUAUUUUGGAGCACUACACACGCAACCCUCAGGUACAAGAAACUUCGCCAACCAAUACACUACAUACGAAGAGGAAGUCUACUGAUAAUGUCGUUGAAAGUGAUGCAAGCAUCAAGAAGGCCCGUCUGAUACGCUUUGCGUCGCCGUCGCCUCAACCGGUGCUUCCCAUUAAAGACGGUACAUCAAGUAAGCAAACCGUCUUCGCCCGCUUAGGUAAUUCGGAGAUUGUCAAAACCGUUCCACAAAAGUCAAACACCAAACAGAUAUAUUCGAGACUGGGCUCGAAGUCUGAAGGUAAUGAGGAAGAACCACCCGUUAUGCCAUUGCAGAAGGACGCUCUAAAGUACGAGGGCAUAUUGAAAGCCAAUCCAGUUACAAAGAGAGUUUUCACUGUUACAACAUCUAAGAAUAAUAUAAGAAAGAUUGCAGUUGGGACUAUGCGGGCUGAUGAGACUCCUGUUAGUGUUAAAGAAAAAUUAGCUUUACCUAAGCCUAAAUCUGUUAAAUUCUCUAAUCACAUAGAAUAUAAAGAAAUAGAAUCUGUUAAAAAAGAAAUUAACUUCACUAAUAGAACUUUUGGACCGAAACUGCCAACUGUCAAUAUCAGACAAAAGAUUUUCGCGCCAAAAAUGACACAAGUGUUUAACAAACCAGAGAGAAGAUUGUCUAUGCCCGAAGGCGGUAACAGUGGUGUUAAGUCUAGGUUAGGUAAUAAAAAUAGUAAUGAUCUGACUAUAACAAGAAACGUUUUUAAUAGAUUAGGUGCAUAA